AUGGUUGAAAUUGUGGGCCACAGAGCUUUCAAAGGAAAGUAUCCUGAAAACACGCUAUUAGCAUUCGAGAAGGCUUAUGCAGCAGGUGCAGAUGUAAUAGAAACUGAUUUGCAAAUGACUAGCGAUGGUAUGGUGGUGGUAAACCAUGACUCAGACACUGGUCGGAUGUGGGAUAAAAACUUGGUGAUUAGCGAGUCAACUUGGGAGGAAGUCAAGCAAUUGCGCUGCAAAGAGGAUGGUUCCUUAGCAAUGAUGACAUUGAAAGAAAUUCUAACGUGGGCAGUGUGCCACCCAGGAGCCAAGUUGAUGUUGGACAUCAAGUUUACCAACGAGAAAAUCAUCAUGGUCAAAACGUUUGCUAUCAUGUUGGAGGUUAAGAAUGAUCUUAAGUUUUGGCAGGACAGGAUCACGUGGGGGCUUUGGUUGCUAGAUUGGUACGACUUCGGUAUCGAAACAGGUGUUCUGAAGGAUUUUAGAGUUAUUGUGAUAAGUCUGUCUUUGGAUAUCGCUUCCCAAUUCGUGAAGCGUUCUUUGACGUUGAACGAUCCUCACUAUAAACUUUUUGGUAUCAGUGUUCAUUUUGUCUCUUCGUGGACAAGCCAAUUUAGACUGAAGCUGCUACCUUUGCUUAUGGAAAAUAAUAUCAAAGUUUAUUUAUGGACUGUCAACAAACCUGUAGAUUUCAAAUAUCUGUGCGAAUUGCCUAUCCAUGGUGCCAUCACAGAUGACCCGAUCAAGGCAAGAAAGUUAUGCGAUGGUCAUGCCGUGGUGAAGAUGCCCACCGCUGGGAAAAAGUUUGUUGCACCCAGUCUGGCAUCUGUAGAUGGCCUAAGAUUUCAUGCUUUUAUCAAGGUUUAUAACAUUCUUUGCACACUCUUAUAUUCCAAAUGGGUCCACAUCAAGUUGUGCGGUUGGUCUAUUGCCUAUGUGAUUUUCUUGUUUCUUCGAACCAUUCAUUUCCUUUAA